CGCCAAAAUUCAAAAACGUUACUGAGCAGACGAGACGGGCAUGUAAAUAACAUCAAAUAAAAGGGUGUUGUUGAUAUUGAGGAUUUAGGCUAAAAUAUGAAUCAAAUGUUUCAACUUCUAGUCGGAGUCCAGCCGAGCGGAAUCGCCUGAAACAUCGCAGUGACAUGAAGAUUACCAGUGGAUAACAAGAGGGCAUUUCAAUGAUCUGACAAUGAGACGGAGCCCAAGGAGACCCCUGAUCCUCAAAAGAAGAAAACUCCCUUUUCAGCAAAAUGAUCUGCCAGCAGCUGAGUCACAAAACCAGUCUGGUCCGCCAGCAUCCAAAGAGCCAUCAAAGUCAGCCUCCAGUCAGUGCUUCCCUGAUGGUAUCCGCAUUAUGGAUCACCCUUCCAAGUCUGACACUCAGGUGGUCGUCAUUCCCAAAACAGCCGACCUUCAGAGUGUUAUUGGAGCCCUCACUGCUAAGGGCAAAGAGUGCGGUGAACAGGGCCCGAACAAGUUUAUUCUUCUGAGUGGGAAUGGCAGCCGGGACAGUGGAGGUUUUUGUCAGCCUGCUGCUCAAGAGGAACAUGCUUCUACACAAACUGCAGCGUUACAGACAGUGAAAGCAGAAACUAUACUUGACUCCCUGGAUGCCAAACCUCUCACCGGAAUUAAACCAUUAAAUAAGGAUGGCGGGCCUUUAGAUGACAGCCUCACCAAUAUUCAGUGGCUGGGCAAAAUGAGCACAUGCACCUUUGAAGCGGAUCCUUCCAAACAGAUGCCUCUCAAGGAAAACCAAAACCCACCUGCACAAACCUUUCAGGCACACAAUACACAUAUCGAUGCAGAAGCUGUUCAGCAAGCCAUGGCAGAGAGGCCACCAUACUCCUACAUGGCCAUGAUUCAGUUCGCUAUCAACAGUAGGAAGAGCAGGAGGAUGACACUGAAAGAGAUUUACAUGUGGAUUGAGGAGCAUUUCCCUUACUACAGAGAUGUGGCCAAACCAGGAUGGAAGAAUUCCAUCCGCCAUAACCUGUCAUUGCAUAAGAUGUUCAUUCGUGAGACGUCACCUGAUGGUAAAGUUUCUUUCUGGACUAUCCGGCCUGAGGCCAAUCGAUGCCUCACCCUUGAUCAGGUGUACAAGCCUGGUUGUAACCCAAUGACAGCUCCUGUUUCCGUGCCAGUGGUUUUAUUUCCCCACCAAAGGAUGAUUCCGGAUGCAAAGAAAACACCAACUGGCUCUGAGAGAAAGAUGAAACCUCUUCUCCCUCGAACCGAUUCCUACUUCGUUCCCAUCCAGCUUCCCGUUACCUCGUCUGUCUAUCUGCCGUCCUCAUCUAUACCUUUUCCACUGACCGGCUCCAAGCAAAAACGGAACACUUCACGAGAAACCAAGAGAGUCCGCAUAGCUCCAAAGGUGACUCAAAGUGACGCCCAAGCUUUGGUAAUGUCUCCUCUGAAGAACCUUAAGGUGGAAGUUAAGGAGGAGCAGAUGUGUGUUCCAAUCAAAUGUGAGACUCCCAAAUCCACUCCAAAGAGACAAGCCAGCUGCUCACGGCGCAAACAAUGCCUGGUUCGUUCUCUGCACGAGGAGCCCAUCCUCUGCCCUGAUAAUACCUUCUUUGACUCUGGCCUAGCCUCUGAUGUUUCAACAUUCCAGGACAUCUAUACUGAGCUGGAUGAGCACCACUACAGGCAGGAUAGCCCCGACCGGGAGUUCUCCUUCAAGACCCCCAUAAAAAGUAGCAGCCACAUAUCAUCCUCCACCCCCAGCAAGCCCCCUUCUAAUGUACUUGAGCCCUGGAAGGUGACCCCAGUGGGCAAAGGGAGCCAAAGUGUUCUUGACUUCAGCCCUAUUCGCACACCAGGUGGUCCCGCUGUCACCCCUAGACACGACUACACCACCUUCAGCUUCAACAGCACUCCUUUUAAAGACUGGCCUCUGUUCAGUUCCCCCAGAGAGCUGCUAACAUCCGCUCCCUCCAGAGCAACAGGACCGACCGAGUCACCCAUCGGAGGCCGCCCGAGUAGCUGCUCCGGGGAGCUGCUGCAGGCGGGAGGCAGCACAGCGGCUAACCAUUCGCUCACAGAGGGCCUCGUGCUGGACACCAUGAACGACAGCUUGAGCAAGAUAUUGGUGGACAUUAGCUUCUCUGCUCUGGAUGACGAAGACUUCGGCAUGGCCAACAUCAGCUGGUCCGAGUUCAUCCCUCAGUUCAAGUAGCCCGAGGACCAAAACACAUUACAUUUUUUCACAUGGCAUCUGGUUAUUUUUUAAAAAAAGAAACACUAUUCUAGAGAAACUGCACACUGAAAUAGCAAAGCAGAUAUAAAUGAAGGCAGCAAAUGUCUUUCACUGUCCAACUAUCCAAAAAUCCAUGCUUUAUAGUCAGUAUUUUGAUAUUCUGUACAUCUAGUAGAGCUCCAAAAACUUGUAUCUAUGAAUAUACUAAAGAGCUCUGUCAUUUAAAUGUAUUUGAAUUUACAAAUUUCAGUAUUAACAUAUAUUGGAUGCACUAUUCUGCUCAGCUGAAGUCAUUUAUUUGGACUUUUUAAAAAUUUUGGGCCUGAAACAAGGCUCAGUGAAGCAACAAAAUAGCCGACCUCUUUUGGAUUCACAUCAAGACUAUUUUGGCUUGCUUUCUUUUGCAUCUGCUUUGCUCUUCUUUGGAUGUUUCUGCCUGCCAUGUGGAAUGAAUUUAUGAAUCUCUGACAGGGACAUUUCCAUUUUAGUCACAUUAACAAGCUGCUCACUUGUUGGAUGUCUCUCUCCAUCUCUGGCUUACUGUUUUUCGUUGUUUUUGUUAGUGAAAUUAACUGCCUUAAUGUCACUUCUGUUUCUACUUCUACAAUUCUUCACAUUCCUCACAAUUCUUUCAGUUUUAUCACUUAUCCGGCGUGUCGUGUCUGUCUCGAAGGAAUUGCAUGAGAAGUUAAAAAUGUCUAAGUGUAUAUGUAUGUUGAUUUGCACAUUUUAAUAUAUAAUUUAGCUUUUACAUCUGUAAAUGGGAAAUUUGUAUUAUCUGAUCAACUAGCGAGAUAUUUCUGUUCCAUUUGGAUCAGCUGGCCACGUGAAAGCGCCUUAGAUUUAUAGAUUGUGACGCAGGAUUAUUAGUAAUGAGAAAUUUUCAAGUAUUACAAGUAGCACUAACAGCAAUAGGAUUGUGUCUGUAUGUUAACUGUAGAACUGUCUUCAUCACUUGACUUUCGAAAGUGUCAGUAAUUGUGCCAGUAUCAACUCUGGAUCACUGUGUACCCCGCAGAGGGACAUUUUGUAUGCCGUGACAAUUACAUUUUACAUUUUUGGGAGCAAAAUAGUGACUAUUUUGUGUCUUUCUAACACAGAUUGUAAUUGUUUUCAAUAAGGAUGCUUGAUGCCCUUUUUGUCUUGAAGCACAAACAGGAUAAUAGGGGGACAUUAAGUUCUCAUCACUAUUUCUGGAGAACAGAAUAGAGUCUUUAACUGUUUCUGAAGAUGCCACAUAAUAAUGUAUUGCUUUAAUAAGUGUGUCAGGUUAGUUCACCUGUAAUUACAUACAUUGCAAUAAGUUAAUCUGUCGAGGAUUGAUGCAUUGUGGUUUCUAGCAGUUUUCAAAGCAUAUGCUUCAUUCUGUUUCCUUAAACUUGGUGUUUCUCCAGUAAUAAUAAGUGAGGGCUUUUAUUCAGUCAUGUUUUUGACCAUUAGCACGUUUCGAUCAGUCACAGUGUAAAUGGAAAAGGUGCAAUUUUUACAGCCUGAUGUGCUCAAGUACAAGUGAUGUUGAAACCGCUGUACAGUAUGUUUCAUCUGGAAAAACUACACAGCAAUACUGCUUAUUUCUAUUUAUAUUUGAAUAAAAGUUGAAACUGUU